AAGUAUAAAAAUUGUAUCUGUUUUAAAAAAUAAAAAUUGAAUUGCUGUUAAAGCAUAAAUCAGACAAAGAGCUCCUAUGUUUACAUUAGAGCACACAGAGGAAAUCAUCUGUUGUUGAUUUGCCGAAUUCUAGAAGAAGAAGAAAAAGUUAAAUUGUAUAUAAAAUUACGUAAAUAGCGCAGGCCAUGGCGUUGCUAAAGGUUGGCUAUUAUGAUAAACCCGAAGGCGAAGACUUUUUUGGCAAAAUGUUGGCCACUAAUACAUACGCUGCGAUUGCUGGAUUAACGUGGUCUACGUAUGAUGUUUUGAUGUACUCACAUACCAAAGGCUAUUUACCAACGUUGGGUCGGUUCGCCUACAAUACCGGGCCCAUGAUUGGCAUGGCUUCUGCUUUCACACUUACGGUAUACGGCUUAACCAACCUAAGGGAAAAAGAUGAUAGACUUAACUAUUUUCUUGGUGGUGUGGCUGCUGGUGCUGUCUAUGGUGCCUGGAGGCGUAAUCAUGUGUCUGGGCUUACUAUGGGUCUUUUCUUUGGCCUUGCCGCUAUGGUUAAAAAAUUAUCCAAAAUUGAAGGGUGGGAAUUCUUCCCUGAGGUACCGUAUCGUCAAUAUAUGGGUGCUAAAGAUAACGAUUAUACGUUAAUGAAAGGUCCUCCAAAAAACUGGACUACUGGUGAAUAACUAUUAUAGUUAAAUAACAAAUUUUGUAAAUUUUCCUACAUGUGAAAAUAAACAUGAGCGUGAAAAUAUAAGGUUAAGAGUACUUUAAUAAACAACAGAAAUUAUUUUUUCUUUA